UCAGAGCUCAAUGCGCGCUGAUGACGCACAAUGCGUGCGACUUGGUUUUCAACAUGCGGGAGCGAUGUGUAGACUUCAGCCAACGUGUGAAGUGAGAAAGAAGUGAUUUACAUCAACAUAUCUGCCAAAGUAUUCAGGUUUUGGCAUUUCUCGUGAGCAAGAUGGCGAAUAUCAACCUCCAGUUCAAAACAAAUUAUGCUGUUUCCAGCAAGAUUGAACCGUUUUAUAAAGGAGGGAAAGUGCAGAUCAGCAAAGAUGAAAAGUACAUCUUCUGCACCUGCGGAUCUCGUGUCAAUGUUUUGGAGAUCAGCACGGGGAAGAUCGUCCACAGUGUGGAGCAUGAUGAUCAAGAAGACAUCACAUCUUUCGCACUGAGCUGCGAUGACGAGCUGCUGGUCACAGCCAGCCGAGCUCUGCUGCUCAAGCAGUGGGACUGGAGGCAAGCUCAGUGUACGCGCUCCUGGAGGGCCAUUCACACUGUUCCUGUAGCCAGCAUGACCUUUGACUCCACCUCUACUCUCCUGGCCACAGGUGGGUGUGAUGGCACGAUAAAGCUUUGGGAUGUGGUGAAGCAGUACUGCACCCACAACCUGAAAGGGUCAUCUGGGGUUGUACACCUGGUACAGUUCCACCCAGACAUCAGCCGGCUGCAGCUCUUCUCCUCCUCCCUGGACUGUGGCAUUCGGCUGUGGGACCUGCGCUCCAGUCAGUGUGUGUGUGUGCUGGAGAGCCACUACAGCGCUGUGACCUCCCUCAGCUUCAGCUCCGACGGUGGCACCAUGGUCAGCUCUGGCAGAGACAAGAUCUGCACAGUGUGGAACCUUAAGAGUCGGAAAGCCAACAGAACUGUACCUGUCUAUGAGGCUGUGGAGAGUGUUGUUGUUCUGCCUCAGAAUAAAGACUACCCUGAGAUCGGAGUGACGAGCAAAGACUUGCAUUUCAUCACAGCUGGCAGCAAAGGUGUACUGAGAGUGUGGGAGGCCAGCACGGCGCGUUGCGUCUACACCCAGACCCUCACAGCCGUCUCUGAGGUGGAGGAGGAAGACAAGGAGGACGACCCCCGCAGCUUAAUGUACCUCCUUCACAUGCCCUCCUCCUCCAGACUGGCAACAGUCACGGCAGAACACAAUAUCCUGCUCUACCAGCUGCCUGGUCUCACCACACAGCAGCAGUUCGUGGGUUACAGUGACGAGGUGCUGGACGUGAAGUUUGUGGGUAAAGACGACAGCCACAUCGUGGUGGCCACCAACAGCUGCCAGCUGAAGGUGUUCGAGCUGCUCACCAACAGCUGCCAGAUCCUGUACGGACACACAGAUACUGUCCUCUCAUUGGACGUGUUCAAGAAAGGCUUUCUCUUUGCAAGCUGUGCAAAGGACAGGUCAGUGCGUGUGUGGCAGAUGGACAGUACCAGUGGUCAGGUGCACUGUGUGGCCCAGGGCUCCAGCCACACCAAUGCUGUGGGCACCAUCAGCUGCUCCAGGUUGAAAGCGUCCUUUGUAGUGUCUGGCAGUCAGGACUGUACUGUGAAGGUGUGGGAUCUGCCGGCAGACUUGUCCACGUCCAAGGCAGACGUACAUCAGCUCACCCCUCGCGCCACAGAGAAGGCACACGAUAAGGAUGUCAACAGCGUGGCCGUGUCGCCCAAUGACAAGCUGGUGGCCUCGGGCUCCCAGGACCGCACAGCCAAGCUGUGGUCGCUGGCGGGGGAGGGGAAUGUGGGCCUCCUGGGGGUGUUUCGGGGUCACCGGCGCGGCGUCUGGGCCGUCUGCUUCUCUCCCGUCGACCAGGUGCUCGCCACGUCCUCCGCUGACGGCACCACCAAGCUGUGGAGCCUGCAAGACUUCAGCUGCCUCAAGACGUUCGAGGGCCAUGAUGCGUCAGUGUUGAAGGUCAUCUUUGUGAGCCGGGGCACUCAGCUGCUCACCAGUGGCUCCGAUGGUUUAGUAAAGCUGUGGACCAUAAAGACCAACGAGUGCGUGAAGACGCUGGACGCCCACCAGGACAAAGUAUGGGGUCUCCACGGCAGCCGCAAGGAUGACAAGAUGGUGACCGGCUCGGCGGACUCUAACAUCACUGUGUGGCUGGAUGUGACUGAUGUGGAGCUUGCAGAAGAGCAGGCCAAACAGGAGGAUCAGAUACUCAAGCAGCAGGAGUUGUGCAACCUGCUCCAUGAGAAGAAGUAUCUGAAGGCCCUGGGUCUUGCCAUCUCGCUGGACCAGCCUCACACUGUGCUCACUGUGAUCAAAGCGAUCCGACAGGUGGAGGAUAGCAGCGAGCUGUUGGAGAAGACGCUGCUGAAGCUUCGACUGGAUCAGAGAGAGUCGCUCCUGCGCUACUGCGUGGUGUGGAACACCAACGCCAGGAACUGUCAGGAUGCUCAGGCCGUCCUGCAGGUGCUCCUCACACACGUGCCACCAGAGGAGCUGCUGCAGUACCAGGGAGCCCGAGCCCACCUGGAGGGACUCAUCCCAUACACAGAGCGACACAUGCAGAGGAUUGGCCGUCUGCUGCAGGCGUCCAUGUUCCUGAACUACAUGUGGCAGAAGAUGAGGGUGGCCGGAGCACCGUCUAGCGCGAGCCAGGAUGAAGAAAUGGAUACCACUCCUCUUGGACAGCCAUUCUUCACGAUUGACAAGGAGAAAGGAGUGGGCAGCGGCGACGAGGAGAAACGAGACGGAGAUGACGGCGACAGUGGACAAGAUGAAGAUCCAAACUGCCCAGCUGACGAAGAAGACUGUGAUGAUGAGGUCAGCGCCACCAAGAAAGCCUCCAGCAACAACGAGCAAAUAGAAAACGGAGGGAGCGCCAAAACAAACGGCAAUCACCACUCUGAAAGCGAGGAGAGUUCAGAAGAGGAGGACGUGGAGGGAGAUGAGAAGGUUGAAACGACAGAAAAAGUAGUGAAAUGUCUCCCGGUUCCCUCCACUCCACAAUGCCAGACAUUCGCAAGCUGACAGGGAUCUUCAAGCUGAUAUCAGAUGACUCACAACUGGAGGGGGAAACUAAAUAAAUCUUAUCUCGGACCAUUAGCUGGGGUGACACGCUGAAUGUGGCAGUGCAGGAGGAGGAAGAGAGAGAGGCAGGUGUGGAAUGAUGAUAAUAAUACAGAUAAUAGGCCUCUCUGUGCAUUCCACGUCUGAGCAGAUCAGACGUAAAGACUUUCUGUCGUGUGUCAGUACUCCCUUUUGAGAGCCUGGGCUGAAUUUUAAGAAACACACCUCAGACAAAAUGGACAUUAGAGAGGAGCAUAUGAUAUGAAAGGAAGAGAGAGCUGCAUUUACAUUCAGACACUGAAACCAGCUUCCAUUGUCUAGUUCUGCAAUGUUAUUGUAGUCCUGAUGUACCGGCUCGACCGCAACAACACAAAAGGUUCCUUAUGCAACCAUGGAUUUCUUUUUUAUGUAAUGACUAUAUGUGGCUAUAAAAUAAACAUAUGUUCUUUGUGAUUUAAA